AUGGGUAUCUUCAGUCGCUGGAGCGAGAGGUCGGCAGCCAAACAGGCUGCCAAGGAGACAGAGGCGCACCUUAGCCAGGCCAUCACGCAGGCUGACGCCGGAGAGCAAGCGCAGGCGGCUGCGUAUCGCGAGCUCGAGAUGGCGCAGGUUGCCCACAACCUCGCGUGUGAAGACCAUGCCAAGGCCAACACCGAGCUCGAGAGGGCCCAGCUUGCCCAGAAGAACGCCGACGACCACCACAUCGCAACCCAGCGUGCACUCGACAUCAAGAUUGCCAACCAUGCCCGUGUCAGUGCCGAGGCCGAGGCCGCACGCACUGAAGUCCAGCAGACGCGUGGCAGGCUGAGCCUGAACAACGACUCCUCCGAUGGACAAGAGGAGCUCCUUGGCUCGGCGCCGUACCUCGCGCGCAACAGCAGCCGCACCUCGCAAGGCGAGGCCUCUGCGUCGCGUGCCCUCCAGUCGGCCGAGUCCCUCAGCUCCCAGAACAAGGACAACACUGCUUCCCCCCUGGACAGCCCCUUCCAUCCCCAGAAAGUGAGCGAGGGCGGUCCCGCUCAGCAAUUCUAUCGCUCAACCCAAGACACUGCCGGCUCCCCGACGACCGUCGCUGGUCAGACAGGUGCCACUCGGGGCGGCGUGACUGCGUCUGGCGGCGGCGUCGGCACUGGCGGCUCCCAGUUCCUUGAGACGCCGCCUUCUGCCGGUACGCGUGGUUCACUGUUCGUCGAGAAGCCUCCUGUCGAGGAGGACCGCAACGCCGUCGCCGCCACCCACAACCCGAGCCUCCUCUCCACGAAGCAGCUCGAGACCCAGCCUUCCGCUUCUGCGUACGCCACACCCGAGACCGGCACCACCCCACUCCAGAGUCCCACCCACACGCACCAGUACGCUGCGCCUGCCGUUCCUUUUGGCAUGGCAGCGGCUGGCGCCGGAAUGUACUCUAUGCCGUGCGAAAAGGACGAGUGCGACCCGCCCGCUCGUCCCGCUCGUUCCACACCCAGUCCCAAGCCCAAGCCGCCCGUCCGCCCCAGGUCCCCCGGCUCGCACACGCACCAGUACGCUGCCCCCGCCGUUCCCUUUGGCAUGGCGGCAGCCGGAGCCGGCAUGUACUCGCUCCCAUGCGAAAACGACUGUGACCCGCCCAACCAGUCCCAGCCCCCGGCAAGGUCGGGCGGUGCUACCAACGGCGUCUCGCCCAACAACGGUAUCGCCACUUACCCCGACGUCCCCGCCACGGCCGAGACGUGGACGCGCGAGCACAAGCCUCUCCCCGCCGCCAGCACCGGUCCCGACAUCACGCCGCCGACCGCCGCGCUUAGCGACAACAGCCCGCCACGCGCCAACGACGUCGACACUGCGCGCGCCAGUACCCUUGGAUCGGACCGGUCGCUAGCCAAGGCCCUGCGCCGCGCGCCGCGCAACCACGCAAGUCUCACCAAGGCCGACGACCCGGCGCCCAACCACCCGACGCGCAAGUCGGUCGGCUCGGUGGGCUCCUUCCCCGCGGCCUUUGCGGGCGCGUACGGCCACCGCGACUCGGACGCCGUCAUCCUCCCCGAGGGCGGUGUCGCGGCCCAGCGCGAGGCCGAGCUGGCCCAUGGCCAGGGCCAGACCGUCUCGGGCGCGCCCAUGGUGUCGUCGCCGGCCAUCCUGCCCGCCGACCAGGCCCGCUCCAAGUGGCACAUCAAGCCCGGCGCCAAGCGCCUCAGCGCGCAGAGCCAAAAGUCGGCCGCGAGCGGUGCCAGCGGUGCCAGCAGCGCGAGCGCCGACGGCAGCCUCGGCGAGACAAAGGGCCAGAGCCGCGCCACACACCGCCAGUACUCGGGCGGAUACCAGGUGCUCACGUCCAACACGCUCGACUACCAGGAGGCCGAGCAGGGCGCGUUUGACGGCAAGAAGGGAUAUCCCGAGGCCGACGUGGGGUCCGGAUCGGCCGUCGAGGCCAGUGGGUGGAAGCGCUCGGGCUCGGGCUCGCGCGACCAGGUUGGUGGUGGUGGUGUGGUGGGCGUCGGUGGCACGACCCAGGAUACCGGCGACGUCGACCGCCCCGUCCCGGCCAAGCAGACGAGCAUGCCCGGCACGUUCCAGUAG